AUGGGUUCGCUUCCUUCCACGCCAUCCCCGGAGCUUUUCCCCUCGGGGCAUCUCGUCUACGUGCCGUUCUGCCACAGGGACCCGGCGCUAAACGCAGGCGCCGCUUCGAAUUGGAUAGAGUGCUACGACCCGUCCAGCAACUCUUGGUGCUACGUGAGCCUGAUCCCUCACGUGGUGGAAGGGCACGUCCUGAAGGGCUUCGCGAUGGUGUCGGUCGGGGACAUGAUAUAUGUCAUCGGCGGCCGGCUCUGCCACAGGGAGAUGGCUCACGUCUCGGAUGAAUUGGCCGACUGGGUGGACGUCGAGGUGGAGAUACUCUCGACCGUGAUGAAGUACGACGCCAGGACCGAAAGAUGGUCCCUGUGUGCGCCGCUGGGGACUCCGCGUUCGGAUUUCGCAUGUACCGUUUCGGACAAUAAGAUCUACGUGGCCGGCGGGCAGUCGAAUUUGGGUUGCGCCAGGGGGGUUUCGUCUGCGGAAGUGUAUGAUCCGAUUCUGGACGAGUGGAGUCCUUUGCCCGACAUGAACACCAUGAGGUACAAAUCGGUCGGAGUGACAUGGCAAGGCAAGAUCCAUGUGGUUAGCGGGUUCGUGGAGCGGUUGGACUCCGACAGGGCGUCUCCGUUCAUCACCGAGAGGAGCUCAGCGGAGGUUUUCGACCCCAGAACGGGGACAUGGGAGCUGAUGGCGACGAUGUGGCAAUUGGAUGUCCCACCCAACCAGAUCGUCGAGGUCGACGGGAAGCUCUUCAGCUCCGGCGAUUGCCUGAAAGCUUGGAAAGGCCACAUCGAGGCGUACGAUGCGGAGCUCAACAUGUGGAACGCAGUCGAGAACUCAUGUCACCGGGAAAUGUCGCAAGACUCGCAACCGAUCAAGAGGCUCUAUCUUACUAUGGCGCCCAUCGGGACUCACUUGUACUUCUUGCGAGGGUAUCGGUUCUCGGGGGAGGCGCCGCAGACCGUCUCCAUGGCUUGCAAAUUCGACACAUCACCAACCGCCGCCGCUGCCGCGUGGACGAACUUCGAGCCGAUCGUGGAAGCCACGGAGAAGGAGCUUUGCAGCCACUGCUGCGUCGUUAAGCUCUUGUAA